GGGACCUGGCCGAUAAACGGGAACCCUUGGACUUGCACUACUCCUCAUCUUUUAGUCUUAGCGAGCCAUGAACUUUUGAUCUUUUCUCUUUUGUUCCUCAAUUUUUUGUCUUUCACCGCAAAUUGAUUUUGCGUGAUUGCAGACUAUAUAGACUCCAUGCAUUGGUCUUCAUCGUCAGUCGCGUCCUCUUCGUCGUUUUCCUAGUCGGCAUUCAUCCGUCGGCUUUUGUCGACUUGGCUCUGCGCCAGAAACAGGAAUUUCUCUUGAGCCAAGCUUGGGCAUACCUUAUUGAAUACUUUGCUGGAUAUAUGCUGUUCCCUAGACUUCGGGGCCAAAUCCAAUCUCUCCCAAACUCAAACUGCGACUCGAUCGAACUCCGCAAUCAUGGCGAAACGACCCUCCCACAGUCGUACCAACUCUGGGACUGACCAUCGUCCUACUCAGCCAAGCGCUCUCCGCCAAGCUCUGAACGCUCAUGAUCGAAACGAGAGCGAAAACCCGACCGCGGAGGGUUCUACUACUCCCACGAGCGCCCCGGCCGCAUCGCCUCCAGGUUCGCCAGGACAUCCUCCGGGAGCUACAAUAAACGAAAUCUUCGCGAACGAAACGACGCCUCUAAUCGAUGGGAACAACCAGGGCUCAAACCCACGUCGAGGAAGUGUUCACCCUGCCCAUCCUGGGGUCUGUAGCCAUGGCACUUUCAGUCCGCGACCUAUGAGUCCGACCUUGACUAUGAGAAGCACCGACGAGGAUGGUAGCGAAACUGCAGGCUCAGGGACGCACAUUCCUGUGCUAGACAAUGCAAUUACGACAAUCGUCGGCCAUGAAGAUUGGAAGAAAUGGUUGAAGAAAAGAAUGCGAACAAAGACAAUGGGCCAUAGCAGUAUGCUGGCUGAACAAGCUGGUUUCGAGGAUACAGCAUUCAUGUAUCUGGCGUACUACGUCCCCUGCUUGAACUGGAUGCGCCAGUACAAGGCUUCAUAUCUUCGUGGCGAUUUUGUUGCGGCUAUCACCAUGGCUUCCUUCUACCUACCAAUGGCCCUCUCCCUUGCUGCGAACCUCGCCCACGUCCCUCCAAUUCACGGUCUCUACGCCUUCGUUUUCAAUCCCUUUAUUUACGCCCUUCUGGGAUCUUGCCCACAGAUGGUGGUUGGCCCAGAAGCUGCCGGCUCUCUUCUCGUGGGAACUGUUGUCAAGCAGAACGUUGGUUCCGGAGAGGACGAAGACAAUGAUUUAUUGCAUGCGCAAAUUUGUGGAAUUGUCGCCGGCAUGGCGGGCGCCAUGGUUCUCAUCGCUGGCCUUGCGCGAUUGGGUUUCAUGGAUAGCGUUCUCAGCAGGCCUUUUCUCCGUGGUUUCAUCAGUGCGAUUGGUUUCGUCAUUGCCGUUGAUCAGUUAAUUCCUGAGUUAGGACUCGCUGAACUGGCUGACGAUGCUGGCGUAAGCCACGGCAGUCCCGUUGAGAAGAUUAGGUUCAUAAUUAACAACAUUCACGAAGCGCAUGGUUUGACAUUUGCUAUCGCCGGAAUUAGCUUUCUAGUCAUCAUGAUCUGCCGUGAACUCAAGAACCGUCUUCAGCCUCGAUAUCCUGGCGUUGCCUAUAUCCCGGAUCGCUUCGUUGUCGUGGUUGUGUCUGCAAUCCUUUGCUGGCGGCUCGAUUGGGAAAACCAAGGAGUUGAGAUUCUAGGCACAGUCAAGGCCGCCAAUGGCCAGUUGCUUGCUUUCCAAUGGCCCUUCAAGCUCGAGCACAUGCCACACAUUCGAAGUGCCAUGGCGACAUCUUUCCUCAUUGCACUUCUUGGAUUUUUCGAGUCUUCGGUAGCUGCAAAGAGUCUGGGCUCAAGUGAGACUAUCCAGGGUAUUCAGCUGAGUGCCAACAGAGAAAUGAUUGCGCUCGGUAUCGCCAAUAUGGUUGGUGGAUGUUUUAUGAGCCUACCAGCAUUUGGCGGAUAUGGACGAAGUAAGGUGAAUAAGAGCACCGGAGGCAAGAGUCCCGCCAGUUCCAUGUUUCUGAGCAUCAUCUCCCUGUUAUCUAUCUUCUUCCUUCUCCCCUACUUUUACUACCUACCAAAACCUGUCCUGUCAGCAAUGAUUUCUGUCGUAGCCUACUCGUUGAUAGAAGAGGCCCCCCAUGACAUCAGCUUCUUCUUGAAGAUCCGUGGCUGGACUGAGCUGGGGCUCAUGGCUGUCAUCUUCCUUGCAACCAUGUUCUACUCUCUCACACUUGGUAUGGCAUUCGGUGUAGGAUUGUCGAUGCUCAUGGUUAUCAAGCAUAGUACGCGACCACGUAUUCAGAUCCUGGGCCGAAUUCCGGGGACAAAUCGAUUUGAGAAUGCUGAAGGCGACAAGGCGAGUCUCGAAUUCGUCGAGGGUUGUCUCAUCGUCAAGAUUCCGGAGCCUUUGACUUUUGCCAACACAGGAGAGCUCAAGUCUCGGCUUCGUCGGCUGGAGCUCUAUGGAACAUCGAAAGCGCAUCCCGCUCUGCCCCGCCUUCGCAGUACCGAUAUGAACCGAAAUGUUAUCUUUGAUAUCCACGGUGUAACUUCCAUGGAUGGAUCUGGCACGCAGGUUCUGACCGAGAUCGUCCGCAACUACCACGAUCGAGGAGUUCGGGUGUACUUCUCUCGAUGCCCAGUUCGCAAAGAUCACCCUGUAUGGCGAUUGAUGUUGAGCAGUGGCAUUGUGGAGAUGGCUGGCGAGAGACAUUUUGUAAAUGACGUGGAGGAGGCAUUGCGUUUGACAGAGUACGAAGAAAGCAUUGCUGGCGAGUCGAGCCGGGCGCAGGAGCUCUAGAGCAUUAGGGAGACGAAAAGGGGUGAAGGAGUAUUUUGAAGAGGUUGUGAUGCAUAGUUUGAGACCGUUGUCGAUGCCGUGGAGGAGAUACCAUUGCAGGAGUUUUUAUAGAACAAAUUGAGAUUAUCAUUAGAGCCAGAAUUAGCGUAACGAUGCUACUCAAAAACAAAUACAAACGGGUUGUUCUUGGAUAA